UUUUAAGGGAUUUGAGUGUGAUUUGUACUCAGUUGCGCUGUUUGUGCUUUUGCACUUUUCUCCAUCGUGUCGCGCGGCUCCUCUGCAUCUCCUCGGAGAAAUCAAACCUGGUUUGGACUAGAAUUCUCCCUGAAACCGGUUUGGACUUUAAUCUGGUUUAAAGUGAGAGGAGAAGAGUUUUGGAUCGGUUUUGCGGAUGGAGGAGGAGAGCGGUGCUGCCGGAGCGCAGCCUGAGGAUCCACAGGUAAAGCUUCUCCACCACAUCAGAGGAGAGUGUCAGGAGGCCUGGAAGCAGCCAUGAUGCCUCAGCUGGGCAGAGCUGGACCACACCCAUGUUUUAGAUUUUUCUUUCUGGUCCAUUUCUUCUGCAUCCUGCUGCUGGCGCCAGCCGCAGGGUCCCGCGGGUCGUCGGCCUCUUCGGGAACGCAGCCGCACUCCAUAAAGAUAGAGGGUGACAUCACGCUGGGCGGCCUGUUUCCGGUGCACUCGCGAGGACCCGCGGGCGUGCCCUGUGGAGAUAUUAAAAAAGAGAAAGGGAUUCACCGGAUGGAAGCCAUGCUUUACGCUCUCGACCAGAUCAACAGCGACCCGGACCUGCUGCCCAACAUCACGCUCGGAGCGCGGAUCCUGGACACCUGCUCCAGAGACACCUACGCUUUGGAGCAGUCCCUAACCUUUGUCCAGGCGCUCAUCCAAAAGGACAAUUCAGACGUUCGCUGCUCCAACGGAGAGCCGCCAAUCAUUCCCAAACCUGAGCGAGUGGUGGGGGUGAUCGGAGCCUCGGCCAGCUCUGUGUCCAUCAUGGUUGCCAAUGUGUUACGCCUUUUUGCAGUUCCCCAAAUCAGUUAUGCUUCCACGGCUCCAGAGCUGAGUGAUAACAACCGCUACGACUUCUUCUCCCGCGUGGUUCCUCCAGACUCCUUCCAGGCCCAGGCCAUGGUGGACAUUGUGAAGGCCAUGGGCUGGAACUACGUCUCCACCCUGGCCUCAGAGGGAAACUACGGCGAGAGCGGAGUGGAUGCUUUCCUUCAGAUCUCCAGAGAAGCAGGGGGUCUCUGUAUCGCCCAGUCUAUUAAAAUUCCUCGAGAGCCGAGACCCGGAGAAUUCGACAAAAUCAUUAAGAGAUUAAUGGAGACGUCAAACGCCAGAGGAGUAAUUAUCUUCGCUAAUGAAGAUGAUAUUAAGCGUGUCCUUGAGGCAGCAAAGAGAGCCAAUCUCACAGGUCACUUCCUGUUUGUGGGCUCUGAUAGCUGGGGGUCCAAAAUCGCCCCCAUCCUGGACCAGGAGGACGUGGCAGAGGGAGCCGUCACCAUCCUGCCCAAGAGAGCAUCAAUAGAGGGUUUUGACCAGUACUUUACCUCUCGCUCUCUGGAAAACAACAGGAGAAACAUCUGGUUUGCAGAAUUCUGGGAAGAUGAUUUUAAAUGCAAGUUGACUCGUCCAGGAAUUAAACUAGAUGGUGGACAGAGGAAGUGUACAGGAGAGGAGCGGAUCGGAAGGCAUUCUCCGUACGAACAGGAGGGAAAAGUGCAGUUUGUGAUCGAUGCGGUUUACGCCAUGGCUCACGCGCUCCACAGCAUGCACAUCGACAUGUGCCCCGGAUCCACAGGGAUCUGCGACAGCAUGGACCCGGUGGAGGGAAAACUCCUGCUGAAGUACAUCCGCGCCGUCAACUUCAACGGCAGUGCGGGGACCGGGGUAAUGUUUAAUGAGGACGGGGACGCUCCGGGUCGAUACGAUAUCUUCCAGUACCAGCUCUCCAACACCACCAACCCUGGAUACAAAAACAUCGGCCAGUGGACCAAUCACCUGCGGCUCAGCGCGGAGGACAUGCAGUGGUCUGGGGGAGAUAAGGCGGUUCCGGACUCGGUCUGCAGUUUUCCGUGUGAGUCGGGCGAGAGGAAGAGGAUGGUGAAGGGCGUGCCGUGCUGCUGGCACUGCGAGCUGUGCGACGGAUAUCAGUUCCUGCUGGACGAGUUUAACUGCGACACCUGUCCGUUCGACAUGCGGCCCACGCCCAACCGCACCGGCUGCAGGCCUACGCCCAUCAUCAAGCUGGAGUGGAGCUCGCCCUGGGCCAUCAUUCCCGUGUUCCUGGCCGUCCUGGGCAUCCUGGCCACCACCGGCGUCAUCGUCACCUUCGUCCGCUUUAACGACACGCCGAUCGUCCGCGCGUCCGGCCGCGAGCUCAGCUACGUCCUGCUGACGGGGAUCUUCCUCAUCUACCUCAUCACCUUCCUGAUGAUCGCGGAGCCCGGAGCGGUGGUGUGCGCUUUCCGCCGCCUGCUGCUCGGACUCGGCAUGUGUAUCAGCUACUCCGCCAUGCUCACCAAAACCAACCGCAUCUACCGCAUCUUUGAACAGGGCAAGAAAUCUGUGACUCCGCCCAAAUUCAUUAGUCCCACCUCCCAGCUCAUCAUUACAUUCAUCCUCAUCUCAGUGCAGUUGUUGAGUAUUUUUAUCUGGUUCGGAGUGGUUCCUCCUCACACCACCAUCGACUUCGAGGAGCAGCGCCCCCCGAACCCCGAGCUGGCCCGCGGGAUCCUGAAGUGCGACAUGUCCGACCUGUCUCUGAUUGGCUGUCUCAGUUACAGCAUGGUGCUGAUGGUCACGUGCACAGUUUACGCCAUAAAGAGCCGCGGCGUUCCCGAAACCUUCAACGAAGCAAAACCCAUCGGCUUCACCAUGUACACCACCUGCAUCAUCUGGCUGGCUUUCGUCCCCAUCUUCUUCGGAACGGCUCAGUCCACAGAGAAGAUGUUCAUCCAGACGACCACACUGACCGUAUCCAUGAGCCUGAGCGCCACCGUCUCGCUCGGCAUGCUCUACAUCCCCAAAGUCUACGUUAUCAUCUUCCACCCGGAGCAGAACGUGCAGAAGAGGAAGCGCAGCUUUAAAGCUGUGGCUCAAGCAGCCGCCGCCUCCUCCCGCCUCUCGCAGAAAUCCAGCGACAAACAGAACGGAGAGACCAAGGUGGAACCCGACCGCUCGCAGUGAACAGUGCGGAGUGGACCCGGACCCGCGGGGAGUAAAGAGUCUUUAUUCCACUGAGAUGAUCUAACAGAUGGAAACAGUUCUGAUGAACUUUUAGGACAAAUCCAGAACUUUCUCCUUCAGUACUUGUUACAGACUGAGAAUAGCUGAGCUCUGCUGGACUGAUCAGUUCUUCAGUGAAAGAGUGAAGAAGAUGAGUAGAUACUUCAGAUUUGAGAAUGUGAACUAUAUUUCUAUACCCUUUUCCCAACACGGAUUAAACCCUCUAGAAAUGUUUUUAAAAUGGAUAAAACAGCUUCUUCUACCAGCAUGAGUUACUAAAUACCCAAACUCCCACAAUCUGACUCACAGUGACAGAUCUAAGAAAUCAGAGUGAAAAUGUCUGUAAUUGAAGGUCGAUGGGUGAAAGAUCAGACCUGUGUUUAAUAUUUUUAAACUUUAUUUUCCGCCCCAAACAGAGAGUUUCCCACCGAUAUUUAACUAAUGAAACUCUACAGAAUAAACAGCCGAUUAGCUAAAGAUCAAGAACAGAGGAAACUGUGAGUUUGAUUUUUGGGUGAUUUACCUGUUUAAUGUUCCAGCUGGUGCAGAAUGUUAUUUUGUUUAACAGGUAAUUGAUUUCAUUAUUAUAAGAUCAUCUAAUUCCAUACUAGAAGGCAGACGAUAUCUGUAAAAAUUAACAAAUGGCCAUGUAACUUUAGAAUGAAAUAUAUAUUUUAGAUUGUGCCAUACAUUUUUCUAUAAGAAACAAUAUUUAAGAAUGUUAAUUUUUUUUUUAUCUGAUUGAUAACAGAAUGAGUUCCAGUCUACCUCAGUGCAGUAAAGGGAGCCCUCUACUGGAUCAAACUGAAAAUAUCAUACACUGGGUAGUAAGAACAGCAGCCUAUUUAUUAAAGGAAAAAAACUAAUAAACAUUACUUGUAAUUGUGAACUGGCACAAAUCUGAUAAUAACAGUGUGUAGGACUGACUGGAUUCUGAACUCCAGUUACAAUUUACUACUUGAAACUAGUUUAGGUGGAAUUCAGCAUUAAUCUCUGGGUGAAAUGUUUCUGGGUAUGUUCUUUACAGGUAAAUAAAGCAAGUCUGUUCUCUCAGUGUUUCUGUUCACGGACAGUAAACUCAGGUCCAGUCUCGGAGUGUUUUGUGAAUGUUUUGUUUGUUCCUCAAGAGAAAAAUAAGAUUAAAGAUAAAUGUAUUUAAUGUAUGCAUGUUUGAAAUAAAAAAAAUGUUA